CGGUAGUCGUAGCCGGUAGCUCCGCUGAGCAGCCGCGCGCACUCCCUUCGGGCCGCCGCGCGCUUCGCUCCGCACACCGCCGCUAUAAACAAAUCAAAUACCCCUCACAUAAACACAUUAAUUGUUCAAUGAAAACUAACGAAAGCCUACUUGUUGGUACCGCAGCUCGCUCCGAUACUACCUGAGGCGCAGUGGACAGUAAAUCUAGCCGACCGGCCGCAAUGAAUUUAGACAAUAAUAAGGCUAGGUUAAAAGCUAUGCUAUUUGGAUGUUUGCAGUGAAAGGAACCGUCGAAAGUGGCGAUUCGGUGUGUAACUGUGUUGCGGUCAUUUUAUAUUAGAUGAAUAAGUGGAGCAUCUGUCCGAGAGUGCAUUAUGUACUUGAGUUAUGAGUGCCGGUGCUUCGCCGACUAGAUUGUGCUGAUUGAGUGCGAGCCAGUCCGAGCGGCCGCGCCGGCCCUGCUCGUACGAAACCGCUUCACUUCUCUGAGACCUCUUUGUAUUCAAAAAUGCCAGCGCUCCGGUUGCUGGGGCGAAAAUGGCUGGCAGCCUCCGACGAUCUCGUGUUCCCCAGCAUCUUCGAACUGCUUUUCAGAUUUGUAUGGCUAGUUUUAAUAGCAUUAGUGGUGGAAGUGCUAUAUCCAGUAACAUGGCAGUGUCAAUCAGAGGGUUGGCAAGGCGGAGCGUUCGUGAGACUGUACCUCUGCGCGACGCUGACGCUGCAAGCCGCCCUGAUGCUGUUGUUAGCAGCCCUAGCGCUUCAGUCAGCGAAGGGAACCAUCACCGACAUCGAUGCUAGGAAGAUGGUUUCGCCACUGCUUCUUAUAAAAGUGCUGCUAGUGUUCCCGGAGACGGCCCUAAACGUCAUGGGGACGAUGUGGAUGUUCUGCGAAGUAAUACAAUGUUCAGUCGACGACAAGUUCUCCAGUAUCGUCAUACAAAGUAUAGUACUGUUCAACUGGGUACAACUAGGUCUAACAGUGUUCGGCCUAUUUAUGGUAUUUGAUCCCCUGGGUUCCGUGAACUAUGGAGACAUGCAGGACACUCCCAACCAGGUCCGACACCACAGGAAGGUCACGGGACUCUGGUCUCGAAGGUUUCGGUGGGCAUUCUGCUGGCUGAAGAGAGAUGAACAUGGAAAGGAAGCUUUUCAACAGGUUGCAGCUCUUCUAAGCGCCCUGUUCAGAUCAACGGACCUCGUGCCAUCAGACGUAGUGGCAGGCUGCGUACUACUCAGGGUCCGCCAGAAAAGGGAGACGAGGGAAAUGAGAAGGAUCCAAAUGCUGAAUGAUGAAGAGCCCAUAUAUACGACUGAUGUAAACAAAAUAUUUUCGGAAACACCUCCUUGGAUGAACUUGGAGGACGCUCUGCAUUACCUUAGGCUGUCCAUCGCAGCGUAUGGGUGGCCUUACGUGUUAUACCGACACUGUUUUACUGGUUUCUGCAAACUGGCCAGACACUUGACCUGCUGUUGUUGUCGGCCUAAAAACAGUAUAGUGACAGACGACAACUGCUGUAUGUGCAACUUCGCCGGCGUGAAGUAUAUGUCGAACCUAGCUGCGGAUGAUAUCAUCUUCGCUUCAUUCAACAACCGAGUAUUUGAACUACCUUUCUGCGUGAUAGCAGACCAUGAACGUGAGAGCAUCGUGGUGGCUGUGAGGGGUUCCAUCUCUUUGAGGGAUAUCUUCACUGACUUCACUGCUGGAUCGGAGCGGUUUGAAGCCGAUGGUCUGCCAGAAGACACAGCAGCUCACAAGGGUAUGUCCAUGGGUGCUGCAAAGAUGCUGAAACGUCUCCUGCCCGUGUUGGACCGAGCCUUCGCACAGUAUCCUCAAUACGACCUCGUUUUAACUGGUCACAGUCUCGGCGCAGGAGUGGCAGUAUUAGUAGCAUUAAAAUUAAGGCCGAGAUACCCACACCUCAAAGUAUUCGCCUUCUCAACACCAGCUGGGCUCAUAAGCCGGGAAGCUGCGCGGUUCACAGAAUCGUUCGUGAUGACCGUGGGCGUUGGUGACGACCUGGUGAUGAGGCUUUCCGUUCACAGCAUCGAGAACCUCAGGACGAAGAUCAUACAGACCAUUCAUGCUACUAAAUUGCCUAAGUACCGGAUAAUGCUGAACGGCUUCGGCUACGCGUUAUUCGGGGUUCCCGCGCGGGAUCUAGAAUCAACAUGGCGGCGGCCGGAACAGUUGGAGGCGCAAAAUUCGGAUGACUCCGCCGACGCGCUACUGGUCCAUAGCGUGUCCACAGUGAGUGCUGAAGCAGCGUUAGUUUCACGAGACGUGUUCGCGCGUCGCUUUUCCUCAGCAAGACUAUUCACUCCGGGCAGAAUACUUCACAUCGUGCGACGCAAGCGCAUGGGUAUCGAGAAGAAAGUGCGCACAACAGAACCAACGUACGAGAUGAGGUGGGCGUGUCCUGAGGACUUCAUGGAACUGCAAGUAAUGCCGCGUAUGUUACUUGACCAUCUACCAGAAAACGUUCAUCGCACCAUACGGACCGUGCUAGAAGAAAGACAUCGCUAUAGGAUCACGCAGACCGUUUAGACUGUGAGUAGAAAAAAGUGACAAACGGACACAUAAAAUAUGUGCUGUUAGAACUUAAAAGACUAUGAACAAAAUAGUGCAAAAUAAGCCGUUCUUCUCAACAGCCUAAAAAUCAAGGCUUAAUUUAUACGACAUUUAAAAUGUUCUGAUGUAGAUAGCUAAUGAAUGAAUGUACUAUCUAACUACACCAAAUAGGCAUAAGAAAUACUGUUAAUAAAGCAAAUUCUUCUACUAAGGAAGAUUUUGGUCAAAAUAUUGAAGUACAAAGUGGAUGUUUUAACUUUAUAAUUCUUCACAGACAAGAUUUAAAUUCGAGCAUGUAAAACUUUUAGAUAUUCAAAACAUGUGACAAGUAAUAGCAUAGUGUCAAAAACACAUACAAUUUUAUUGGCCUUCGAGUAUUCCUGAGUAACAGAAUGGGCUGAUUACUCAAGUAGAUUUAAAAAACUGUAAGAGCUCGAUAAACUUUGCCUACAUUCGAAAACGUUACUUGCCCAAAUAUUAUUGCCCAAUAAAUUAGUCAUUAUUUUUGAACUCGUAAAAAUCUGCCAACAUCCAGUCAAAUGAAGUCCUGUGAAAGAACCAGAUAUGAAAUAAGGAAUAUUUUUGUGCAAAUCAUUGUCCAAGUGUGAUAGCACAGCAUAAAAAUGAAUUGGCAAAAACAACAAAAUAAGAGUACUUUAUUAAAAUAUAUUUUCAUGACGAUCCCAGAGCUAUAAGACAUGACAUUGUGAUUUUAUUUAAUCGUUCCUAAGCCUGACUCAUAUGCCUAUAAAUUCUGUAAAUACAUACUUUAAAAUAAUCAGGAUUUUCAAUAUAAUUGAUAUUAUUGACCGAACCAGUGUCAAAAUCAACUCGUAGAUUAGUUUAAGGACCUGUGAGAAGACUGUGAUGAUAGUAUGAAAAUAUUAAAGUUAAGUGAUGUUUGUGCAUGUAUGCAAAUACCGCAACGGUAACUAAGUAUAAUACGAACAAAAUAACUUGGUAUCUUUGCAGUACUAGAGAUAUAUAGUUGUCUUUAUCGCUCUCGAGAUAAAACGAGCUAUACGUCUCGCUCUCUCUUUAAACCAAUCACUUCAAACAGACCAAGAUUAUUUGUCCGUACUAUAUAUUAUUAUUUUGUACAUAAUUUUUAGUGUAAGUUUAUUGUUUAAGUUUCAAGUCGGUUCUGGCGUAUUAUUGGGAGAAAUUGUUAAGCAUUUAAAAGUGUUUAUUUCUGAUUAAAACAAAGUGAUAAGCCUUCGUGUACUUGGCCAUGCUUUUCUAUCUACUUAAAGUUGCAAUUUCCGUCAGUAUAUGCCAUUUCCUUUUUACUCGCCAGAAAUUCAUCAUUUCGAAGUUUUAGGGAACUAUACUUACCUCGUCCCAAUGUUUAACAUAUCAACGUUAAAAACGUUUUAUUUGAAGUCUACUACUGUUCCUCUCUUCAAUUUUAUUUUAAAUUGUUAAAACAAACAAUUUAUUUGCUCAAAAAAAGCAAUUUUAUUUCGAUUUAAGUAAGUUUCUUUGUAUAAAGUCUACUGCCAAAGUGUUGGUUGGAAUACCUAAUUAUAAUUAUGUUCUCUACCGAUCUUUGUCUAUUUACGUAGUUUGAAACCGUCUUUGGUGUUUUAA